AUGAAGCUCAAACUGAUCAUCAAUGGGUCCGAAAGUCCGGAAGACUAUAAACUCCUGAAAUCCACGAUGUCAACGGUGGCAGCGCUGCGGAAAACGGCCGUCUUAAGGUUCAGCAGUGAACGUUUAGUCGUAGUGUCAACACCCAGCUCUUCUGUCUCUAAUAGCUCAAUUCUGCACGGCGAUAAUGGUCAGCUGUGGUGUACAAUUCCUAAAGAUGUGUUUGCAACAUAUGAAGUCGUCAGUGCUCGCGAUCUGAAUACCAUCGCUAUGGAAUGCAGUUGCGAUGCACUACAGAAUAUCUUUAGAAAGUACGACCGCAGCAUAAAUCAAGGUAACGACAGUAAUUUGACCAUCAAGCUACAGAGCAUGCCCGAGUGGAACGUCAACGUUACUUCAAAUCUUGACGGCAAGUCUGCGGCCAAGGUAAACCCUGUGUGUGCACUUGGCGUCAGUUUUGAAGAACUGAUCAACACAAACCCCGAUGCAAACGUUGUAGCUCGUAUGGGCGGGCCAGCUCUAAACAACUCCACCAAAAAUAUAUCGCAUUCCUUCAAGGUGCCGGCCAAAUUACUUUUUCGAGCUCAGGACGCCAAGAUUCAAGAGCCUAUGAUUAACUACACGCAAUUAAUGAUGUACAGGCUUCCAGCACCUCAGGGAGAAUGGGGCUCAGGGUUUGCAAACUUUCUGCGACGUGUUGAGCGUUAUUCCACCGUUCAUAACAUCAAACUUAGUGGCAAGAAAAUAUGGCAGCUCAACGAGAGCCGAGGCGGCAGUGAUCACGAAUUGAAAAUCAUUGUAGAUGAGCUCGAUUGGUAUCUCGAGAUUUGCUGGAAUGGGCCAUUGGAGGCCAUGAUUCAGCCGCAGGCUGAUGUUGAAGCCACCCCAGUAUCGGAGGAGUCUGAAGUUAAUGGCAACAAAGGCAAUAGCCAGAUCCCAGUGGAUGAAAAUCACGACCAGAGUCUUUUUAUCGAGGAAAGCGCCUCGACUGAUACUGCAAAUAUCACAGAAGCAACAACAGAGGAAUCUCAUGACGGUCGCAGCAGGUCUGCUCCCGCGGAAGACGAGCAUAGAGUAAUUCACGAAGUGGUGGUCCGUAGCAGAGACUGGAAGGUGUGCUCCAAGCUUUACGAAGCAUUCGAGGAAGUUGUGCUUGCCAUUUCUCACGAUGAGUCUUGUGUUUUCCAUUGCACGCUUCCUCGUGGCAGCGUCGAAGACGAAAACGGCGAAAGACCGCGCGAGCACGGUCAGGUCAUAUACUACAUGGCAAGGGUUAAAAGGGUCCAGGCAUCGUAA